UUAACCUUUCAUAAAAAAAAUAUCAUUUCCAACGUUAUAAAGAAAAUUAAAAUGUAAUAAUAACAUUCAAUAUUCUUCAUUAAGAAGAAUUGCCGAUGGAUAUCGCGUGUGUUGGAAUUACUGUAUAAACGACCCACGUGAAAAACAUGUAAAAUAUUAAGACACAAAAAAACACAUUAUUACUUCUCUCAGAAAGAACGACCCUACGUUGUCAUAUUCUAUCCUAAAUAUAAUUAGAGGGAGUAUUUAACCCUGUCAGUGUUGAUGAGAGAAGUAGAGAAAACUCCCAGUUUAGCAGAAACCAUACACACGCCACAAGUGUACUCCGUGUACUUAUGUUCAAAUCAAGUUUAGGAGAUUUAGAAGAUAUACAUUCCAUUCUGAAACCAAGUUCACUGAACCCGUUUUUAGGAUUUCACGAGGACAACUUGAACUUAGACAUGGCAACAGUAUGGAGAGGAGGGGGGGGGGGGCGUAACCACAAGAAUCUUAUUUUCCUUUAAAUUGGUAAAAACACUAGUUGAUUAUUAACUAUCUGUGUGAACUAAACAAUUUCAGAUUAAAAUGGCUCAAGACCAUCCAAAUCUGACAGUUGUAGAAUCAAGGGCUGUUUCAUAUCUUCUUCUCAAACUAAGAAACAAAGACACGAAGGCUGAUGAGUUCCAAAGAAUAGGAGACCGUAUGAUGCGCAUACUCGGAGAAGAGGCAUUAUGUCGUCUUCCUUCUGUAGUGGAGGGAGAGGUUCAAACACCCUGCGGAACUGUCACAGGUCCUGUGGAUAGUCCUACUCCUGGACCUCCAGUAUGUAUUGUGUCUAUUGUCAGAUCUGGAGAUAUUCUCCAGGAGGCUGUUAGAGUACUCUCUCCGGGAUUCUCUGUCGGCAAGAUCCUAAUUCAGAGAGAUGAAUCCAGGGAGGAUAAGCCUGCAGUACUCUACUACAAGAAACUACCUAAGAAUAUAAACCAGAGUUUUGUUCUCCUGGUAGACCCUAUGCUAGCCACUGCUGGAUCUGCUAUCAGAGCUAUUCAAGUUCUCAAGGAGAACGGAGUUUCCACUCAGAAUAUCAUGUUCCUAAACUUAAUCUGUUGCCCUGAAGGGCUACAAGCAAUGGCAAAACUGUUCCCAGAAAUCCAUAUUAUAACAGGGUGUGUUGACUCCCAUCUAAACGAGGACAAGUAUAUAGUCCCAGGUCUAGGGGACUACGGAGAUAGAUACUAUGGUACUGAAUAAACACCAGAUCAGCAAAAAUGCGGCUCAUGGAGAAUAUAAUGCGGCUCAUGAAAAUGAAAUGAAGCUCAAGCUGAAACUAUUUUUAUAUUGCUAUAAUUAUAUUAAAGAUUCAUUUAUUUAUUUAUUUUUGGAUUUCUCCUUUGCUAAAUCAUGAAAUGGUACUUUUUGUUAUAAAAAAGCGGUCGAUUUAAAAACUUUACCACUUCGCCAUGAAAGCAAAUAUUUUGAUAAACUAGUGGAAAUAUAAAUUUGCUAUAUCUAUGUGUAGGAAAGAAAAGAGCAAAAUAAAAUCCUUAAUUAAAGUAA